AAACUACAAAUGAUUACGACAUCGCAUUAAUCCGAAUUAAACCCUUCCCUAAUGGACGUGGCAUCCAGUUCAACAAUUUUGUUCAACCCAUUUGUCUGCCGGACUCGAACACAUGUCUUCUAGAAGGUAGCAACCUCAUAGUUUCUGGAUGGGGCUGGACCAAACCGUGUAGGACGUGCGAACAAG